CAACCACACUGAAUCACAAACGAAGUAAGUACAUUUUCCCAGUGCUAGUUUUUUAAAUUUAAUUUAGUUCAACAUUUUUUGGUCUGGGCCAGGAGGUCACAGCCACGGAAGACAAGACAUAAGAGGGUUCUGCCAGAGACUCAGACACAGCAGAGACUUUCACCCAAAACACCAAAAGUGGUACCGAUCCACUUUCCCAGUGUAUCGAGAGGGCUUUUAUUUUGAAGGUAAAAAACCGGAAGUUCAAUUUUUGUGACGUACAAGUACAGCUGUACACACGGUUGUUGACAUAUACGAUUAUAUCUCCGUUAGCUCUGAUAGUCCAAAUAGUGUACUUUCAAAACAUUACAGGUAGUUAGUUUAACUACUUUAAAAUAGUUAUUUGUAAGUCAACCUCGUGCAUUAUCAGGUACGAACAUGACAAUUCGGUAAAAGUGAUUCUUUUUUUAUCAGCUACAAAUUUGUAUCCAACUUAUUCUCCUACUCAAAUGACAUAGCUGGCUAGUUAGCGAGGUCAUUUUGCAGUUUUGGCUAACGUUAUCUAUAAACAUGAGCAAUCUUGUAUUCUGGAGUCAAGGUAGCUCCGAAGUGGAUUGGUGUGAAGGAAAUUAUCUUAUUUACCCUGGAAUUGCAGAGUUCUACAAUACGAUCAGCAACAUACUGUUUUUUAUUUUGCCACCUAUUUUGAUGUGUCUGUUUCGACAAUAUGCUACACAUUUCAACAGUGGGAUAUAUCUGAUCUGGGCUUUGCUGGUUGUGGUUGGCAUUGGAUCCACUUACUUCCAUGCCACCCUUAGCUUCCUGGGCCAGAUGCUGGACGAGCUGGCCAUCCUGUGGGUGCUCAUGUGUGCCAUCGGCAUGUGGUUCCCAAAGAGAUACCUGCCCAAGAGCUUCCGCAGAAACAGGAUAAGGUUCAAAGUGGUCAUUGGGAUCCUCUCAGGAAUCACCACAGGACUGGCGUUCGUCAAACCUGCCAUCAACGCCAUCUCUCUAAUGAGCCUGGGCAUCCCCUGCACCGCCUUGCUCAUAACCGAGAUCAAGAGGUGUGAGAACCUGCGUGUGUUUAAGCUGGGUCUGCUCACUGGGAUGUGGUGGACACUGGCACUGCUCUGCUGGAUCAGUGACAGGAUCUUCUGUGAUAUGUGGUCCUCUGUCAACUUCCCCUAUUUGCACUGUGCAUGGCACAUACUCAUCUGCCUGGCUUCCUACCUUGGGUGCGUGUGCUUUGCCUACUUCGACGCAGCCUCUGAGGCCCCAGAGCAGGGCCCCGUGGUCAAGUUCUGGCCCAGUGAAAAGUGGGCCUUCAUUGGGGUGCCCUAUGUCACUCUUCUGUGUGUCCAGAAGAAGCACUCUGUCAAAUUGACAUAACCAGUGUACUUUUCCCAUGUGUAUCAACAAUGGUCCACUGCCCCAAAGGACAUCCAGCCA